AUGACUUCAGGAAGUGAUAUCGGGUGGAGACGAGAAACUGAAUUGGUCCUGCAAGAAUUGUCCCACUCGAAGAAGCCCGCCUUCAACCGUCUUCUGCGCGGGAAGCUAUGGUUGGUCCUAUGGAUGGACUUCCAAGGUUCUGGGGAAUUAGGACGGGAAUGGUUUGGCAUUCCUAGUGAAGCUCUAUGGACAACAAAGACUCAUAUCUUAAUCGUCGCUGAACACAACAUCCAGGUCCCUUACCAGGUAGGGGAGAAAAUACAGCACUUGGAAAUGUCGUCAUUGCUGUCCUGA